AUGACAAGCGAGGAGUGGACAAGUGUCACCUUUGACAUUUACCUGUUGCAUAUGUCCACAAGUGAAGCCGAUUUGGUCAACAACAUGGUCACUGCGCACGCAAACUGGGAAGGGAGCCGCACCUUACGAAAGUUCCGAACCUACUUUUUCAACACAUGGCUGCCGUACCACGCAGUGUAUUCAACAAACCGCGGGCCGCGGUUUUGGAAGUGGCAAGUGUUUCACAGCCAUAGGGGGUGCUCGUACACCAACAACCCCAAUGAACAUUUCAACCGCAAACUCAAAGAUGCAAUCGGUCGUGUCAAGAAGCAUGUCCCACACCUUGUUCAAGAAGUGGCGAAACUGGUUCAAGAAAUCUCAACUGAGGCGACACCUUGGGUGCAACAUCCAGUCCAAACCGAGCGAAUGAAGAAAUAUUUCAAGAAGUUGCUGGCGAGCCGGCGGCUUCGAGUCAACGAAGUGCCGCGCGUACGCCCUGUGACAUGGCGUGUGCUUCACCUCCCUGAAGAAAUUGCCGAAGGCGAGCAGGAUGAAGACAUCCCACGACGUGCGUGGCACUACAACUCAGUGUCGCGAAACGUUCAGCGUCUUGAGUCCCACAACCAACCUGAUAUUGCGACCCAGACUGGCAUGGUGUUGCCUGGCAUGGAGCGUGGCGCACAGAAUCUGGUGAGCCGAAUUCGUCGGGGAAAUGCUGAAGCCAACGUGUUUCCUUUGCGUGGAGACCGCAACACGCGAAACUAA